AACUGGAAGAAGAAGAAGAAGACGAAGAAGAAGAGGAGGCGGUGGCGGAGGAGACGAAGAACUGCCGCCGCCGCCUCCCAAACGGCAGAGGAAUGAGAGUGUAGACCAUAUCAGCACAUGGCGCGACAGACUUCUCCUUCACAUUCUAUCUUUCUUGCCCAUGAAACAAGUUCUAAGAACUGGAUCAUUAUCCAAAAGAUUUCAAUUUCUCUGGACUUCCCUAUCAACCCUAGUUGUCAAGAAUGAGUUGGACUUCUCUCAAGCGCUAUCUCUCGAGUAUGUGAAAUUGAGCGAUGAAGUGAUUGCAAAAGUAUUGUCAGGUUGUCCUGUUUUAGAAUUCUUGAAAUUGAAAUCGUUCUGGCAUAAAUCGAUUGAAUAUUGAUUCGGCGAGCGUGAAAAAGGCUGUUAUACAAUGCUCAGUGGUUGAAAGGGAUGACGAGUCUGUGCUUGAAAUUUCGGCACCUAAUCUUUGGACAUUGGAGCUUUUGGGAUCUUUUCACCGGAGAAAGUGUCGGCUAGUGAAUGUUUCAUCUCUUGUUGAAGCCAAUCUCAAUUUGACAUUUGAUAAAACUUGUGGUAGAGACAGUGAAGAUGAUAAUUUACAGCAGUAUAGCAAAUUGAGUUAACUUGUUGAGGGAGUUGAACUUGUUGAGGAACUUCAAUUGGGGACUUGGUGUAUUCAGGUUCUAUCAACAGCUAAAGUGGAAGAUUUGCCCUCUCCAAUGUUAAGCUGCAAAAUGUUGACACUAAUUACGCACAUCAAGAAAUGGGACAUCUGUGGCAUAGAAAGGCUUCUACAAAGUUCACCUUAUCUAGAGACUUUAGUUGUGGAUAUGAGUACCCUUUACUACACAACGUUCCAAUUUUGCUCCAACUUUCUAAAUUCCUACGGCUUAGAUGGAGAGCAAUAUUGGGUGUCACACGAAGGGGUUUUCAAGUGCUGGAUGAUGAAGGUAAAGACUAUUAAGAUUGUCGGCUUCAGAGAAGUUGGCGAAGGAUUUGCACUUCCUCUCUUGCAGUUUCUGCUCAAGAAUGUCAAGGUGCUAGAGAAGAUGAUCAUCAAAACAGGAAAUUCAGGUUUCAAUCAAUGCUUGACAUGCUCUGUAUCACAAGAAUUUGUUCGAUUUACACAAAAAUUGUUGAGCUUUCCAAGAGCCUCUCCCCUUGCUGCUGUUGUGUUCUCUUAGUGAAAUCUAUACAGAUGGGUUGAACUUCUUGCAGUGGUUCUGUUUUGCUUAUGACAUCAAGCUCGCUUUUGGUUCAUUUUUGGUUUUGUAUUGACUAGCUCCAUAAUUAUUUUCUUUUGGGCCACUGUUUUUGUUUUUGUUGUUGUUCAAAUGUUAGUGCUUAUGGGAAGUUAUAAAUUAGAUGUGGGAAUCCAAUUAGAAAGCAUUGAUUUGCUUACUACGGAACUUACCUCAAUGAUCUGAAUUAUUUUCUUGUAAAACCUUUCGAGCAUAUUAUCUAUGUACAAAA